CGCCAUUAUACCAAAGAAGAGGAAGAAGAACAUCGCCAAAGACAGAUCACAGCUUGACGUUAUUGCGAUGUGUUUCUGGUUUAUGAGGACAAAGUUCUCUGUAGCAUAGCUUGUUAGCUAGAGUAGCCUCAAAUGUCAUAGUAGUAACGUUAGCUAGCUAGCCGUCUUAAAACGAAGAAGAUGUCAACAAGUGCUGUCACGACGUGCAUCAUCACUGCUGCUGUAUGCAGCCUGUUGCUCGUUGCUCAAGGGCAGAUGGACGAUGAAGAAUGGAUUGAUCCCUAUGAUAUUUUGAACUACGACGCAAGCACAAAGACCAUGAGAAAGCCUGCUGAGGUUUCACAGCUGCCGUCAUGCAACGCUGUGUUCAAGCAAUUUCUCACCAAGCUUCUGAAGGAGAUUGAAAAAUUUGGCCUGCCCAGUGAUUUCCAGAAUGAUCUCUACUACGACGCCAAAGUAAGACUGUCUCGGCAAGCGUUGGCAGAGAUCUGGACGCUUCUGGAGGGAAUGGACAGCUGUAGAAUGGGGGCUCUGGACGAUGCCCUCAGCCAGAUCCUGGUGGAUCUCAAACCACAAGAAUUUGAGGCCUCGAGAUGGCACUUUGAGGACACCUUUGGUGUGGAGAUCGACACAGUCAUGAAG